UCGGGUGCUGUCGUGUCGUUCGUCAAGCUGCUCCGCUCGCCGCACACCAACGUGGCAUGCAGAGCAAGCCGUGUGGGCGCCGGGAAACACUGCUGGCGAUGGCCCCAAACUCAGAGACUUCGUCAUUAAGGCUGGCAUUGUACAACCUCUUCUGGAACUCAUUAGACCAGACACAGAGACUGCCGAGAUCAACGAGGUGGACCGCCUGGGCCACUGAGGAGUGUGGCGGACUGGACAAGACUGAGGACUGCAGCACCACGACAACGAGGCCGUGUACGAGAAGGCCCUGGAUGGAUAUCAUCAAGAAGUGUUCCGGCGAGGAGGAGGGCCCCGAGGUGAGCAGCCCCACCAGUGGCCAGGCGUACGACUUCUCUGCCGUGAACAACGUGCCUGAGGGUAGAUUUUCUUUCUAGGACUUCAGUGUGUGUGUCUGGCAAGGGAGGAGCAGCAGCAGGCAGGGUGUGUGUGAUCCACGGCGGAAUAAUGUGAUAAAGUAUCUAACCGUCGAUCUCACUUGUCUAAGUGGCCUCUGCAGCAUGUUUUACUGGGCCUUCAGUGGACCCGCUGGUGCCUCAGUGUUUUACUGGGCCUUCAGUGGACCCGCUGGUGCCUCAAUGUUUUACUGGGCCUUCAGUGGACCCGCUGGUGCCUCAGUGUUUUACUGGGCCUUCAGUGGACCCGCUGGUGCCUCAAUGUUUUACUGGGCCUUCAGUGGACCCGCUGGUGCCUCAAUGUUUUACUGGGCCUUCAGUGGACCCGCUGGUGCCUCAAUGUUUUACUGGGCCUUCAGUGGACCCGCUGGUGCCUCAAUGUUUUACUGGCCCUUGAGUGGACCCGCUGGUGCCUCAAUGUUUUACUGGGCCUUCAGUGGACCUGCUGGUGCCUCAGUGUUUUACUGGGCCUUCAGUGGACCUGCUGGUGCCUCAGUGUUUUACUGGGCCUUC